AAGCUAAAGCUACAGUCUACAGAAAAAAAUGAGAGGAUUCUCCAGAAACUCCGGCGCGGCGGCGAUUUUCGCGAUUCUAGUAAUCCUCACCGUUCAAUUCUGUUCCGUCACCGUAUCUUCUCAAUCCAUCGAAUUCGCUGGAGAUUUCCCUCCAUUUGAAACAGAGUGUCGUGGUACAAUUGCCGAGUGCUCAGUUUCCGCCGCCCUCGGAGACGGAGGAGAUCUAUUCUACGGCGGAGGAGAAAUGGGAGCGGAGUUCGAGAUGGACUCAGAGAUCAACCGGCGCAUAUUAGCGACGAGGAGGUACAUCAGCUAUGGUGCGCUGAGGAGAAACACUGUUCCGUGCUCACGUCGCGGCGCAUCUUACUACAAUUGUCGACGUGGCGCUCAGGCCAAUCCUUACUCUCGCGGUUGCAGCACCAUCACUCGCUGCCGGCGCUGAAUCUGUCACUGUCUUCACUGUAAUUUCUUUCUUCUUAAAAUUCUUUUUCUUUUUUCUGAUAUAUAAUUUUUCAGAAAUUUCUCUUUUUCUUUUGUUAUGGUUUAUAUUUUUAAGUUCAUUGCGCAUUAGAAUUUUCUCAUACACAUAAUUGUAUCUGUAAAUGUUUCUGGGAAUUAUCUCUAUUAUUGAAUAUUGAUGUAAGUUUGUUUACAUUAACCAGGAAAAAAUUAUGGAAUAAAUACAUUAUAAUUAA